AUGGAGGUUGAAACUGAAGCUUGCAACUCAGUUCCUACCGAUUCCGAGUCUGGAGCAAAUUCUGAGUCAUGCAAAAGAAGGAAAAUUCUGACUGAAGGUGAGGAGCAUAGUGAUGCAGCCUCUUGUAUACCUGAUACCCUUCGAGUGAAGCUACAAGAGAGCAAGUAUGGCAGUGUGACUAAAGAAAUUGAAAAACUCUUGGUUCGGAGGUCGCAAAUGUAUGUAACAGCCCUCUCUCUUUCAAAUCCUAGAAUGAUGAAAAACUCUGAAAUUCCGUUCAUGGAUUUCAAUGUGGAAAAGGAGAGGGGUAAAGAGUUAUGCAAGCAGAUCACUCAUUUGGCCCCCAUCGAAAUAAUUGAUUCAGAUGAUGAUGAGCAUGAAUACAAGUCACAUAGUUGUUUUGCAGCAUUUGAUAAAUCAGUGGUGAUAAUUGAUUCAGACGACGAGGACCAUGAAAAUAAUCAGAUGCCUAGUCAUUUACAUAAGAAAGUUUUAAUGAAUGAGCCCGCCAACAAAUUUCCAGAGAAGGAUUUUACUAUUCAACUGGACGAUAACCCUAUCCAGGCAAAUAGCUAUCAGGAGGUCAAAGUUGAGAAUGAAGCCAGAGAUUCUCCCUCCAACCGUGAAACCCAGAAAGAUAGAGGUCCACCUGUUAGCACAGAUAACAACACUGAAACAAAGGAGAAUGAGGAGUUCGAAGAUCUGGCUGGUGAAGUUGAGUGCUUGCUUGAUAAUUGCAAUAUUUUGAUAGAUAAAGAUCCAUAUGGUCGCACUGAUAACAAAGUUGAAGCAAGAGAAAGUGAAGAGGUCAAAGUUACGAUGGAUGAAGUUGAGUGCUUGCCUCAUAACAAUAUCCAUAUGGAAAAAGGUUCAUAUGGCUGCCCAGAUAACAACAUUGAGGAAACAAUGGAGAGUGAAGAGGUCAAAGCUCUGGGGGGUGAAGUUGACUGCCUGGUUGAUAAAUCUGAUAUCCAGAUAGAUAAAAGUUUGCACGUUGGCAUUGACAAAAAUAUUCAAGCAAGGAAGUGUGAAGAGGAAGUUGGUUGUUUGGCCGCUGAAUGCAAUACCCAGAUGGAUAAAAGUGCAUAUGAUGCAGUUAGUGGCAUGCUGAUAAAGGAAGAUAAUCAUCCAACUGACCUAGAGGACGAUGGUUUGGGAGAUAUGUGGAAAGAGAUGGCUUUUGCAUUGGAAUGUUCUAAGGAUUUUUCUGCAAAUCCUUCUACUGAUGAGCUUACGGAGAAGGAUAGAGAGGAAUGUGAUCAUCUAUUUGUCUUGAGAGAUGAUAUUGGUGAUGUUUGUCGCAUUUGUGGAAUCAUUCAAAGGAGCAUCGAUACCAUAUUUGAGUUUAAAUAUUGUAAGGCCAGAAGGAGCACAAGGUCUUAUGCUUAUGAGUCUAAAAAUAUCAAAGAUAAAGACUCAGCUGAUCUCACUCAAUUGGGAGUUAAACUUUCUGAAAAUAUUUUGAUGGAGACUGAAAUUUUUGCUCAUCCAAAGCAUAGGAAAGAAAUGAAAGCCCAUCAAGUGGAGGGCUUUAAGUUUCUUUGCAACAACCUGUUGACUGAUGAUCCAGGGGGCUGCAUUUUAGCCCAUGCUCCAGGUUCAGGGAAGACGUUCAUGGUCAUCAGUUUUAUACAAAGCUUCCUAGCCAAGAAUCCUGAUGCCAGACCAUUGGUCAUACUACCUAAAGGAAUCUUAGCUACCUGGAAGAAGGAAUUUACGACAUGGCAAGUUGAGGAUAUUCCAUUGUAUGAUUUUUACUCAUCAAAAGCAGAUAAUCGAUCUCAGCAGCUAGAUGUUUUGGAAAAAUGGGUAAAACAAAGGAGCUUCUUGUUUUUAGGUUAUAAGCAGUUCUCUGUCAUAGUUUCUGACAAUGUGGACAACAAGGUGGCUGCUGACUGUAAGGAUAUACUGCUAAAGGUCCCUACCAUACUUAUUCUGGAUGAAGGUCAUCUUCCAAGAAAUGAGGAAACUGAGGUUCUUCAAUCUCUUUUGCAAGUUCAAACCCCUCUGAAAGUGGUACUUUCAGGAACGCUAUACCAAAAUCAUGUCAAAGAGGUAUUCAACAUUCUGAAUCUUGUCCGUCCGAAGUUUCUGAAGUUCAAAACUAGCCGAGAAAUUGUUAAUCGCAUCAUGAGCAGAGUACAGAUACUGAAAGCGAGGAGUCAUUGGAGAACUGAUACAGAUUCAGCUUUCUUUGACUUGGUAGAGUACAUGCUACAGAACGAUGAAGACCUCAAAACAAGAAAGGCUGUCAUACAAGAUCUCCGUGAGAUGACUGGCAAAGUCCUCCAUUUCUAUAAAGGAGAUUUCCUUGAUGAGCUACCCGGGCUUGUUGAUUUCACUGUCUUACUAAAUCUCAGUGCAAGACAGAAAAAUGAAGUUCUUCAGUUAAGGAACUUGAAUAAGUUUAAGCAAACCUCUGUAGGAAGCGCUCUGUAUUUGCACCCACAGCUGAAAUAUUUUUCAGAGAAAUAUCCAGCAACUGGAGAAAGAGGUUCCGCAGUUGAUGAUAACAUAGAUACAAUGCUGGAACAGUUGGACAUUAAAGAGGGAGCAAAAGUGAAGUUUUUCCUCAAUUUCUUGGACCUAUGUGAGUCAGCUGGUGAGAAGCUACUGGUUUUCAGCCAGUAUAUCCUGCCUCUGAAACUUUUGGAGAGAUUGGCAGCAAAAAGAAAGGGCUGGAGUCCUGGAAAGGAGCUUUUCACGAUUACAGGUAACUCAAAUGCAGAGACUAGGGAGAGAGACGUGGAGUGCUUCAAUGGUUCCCCAGAUGCUAAGGUCUUCUUUGGAUCAAUCAAAGCAUGUGGAGAAGGGAUAUCCUUGGUUGGUGCCUCUCGAAUCAUAAUAUUGGAUGUUCAUCUCAACCCCUCAGUAACCCUUCAAGCAAUUGGGCGUGCAUUCCGGCCAGGACAAAAGAAGAAAGUUUACGUUUAUAGAUUGGUAGCUGCAGAUUCACCUGAGGAGCAAGACUACUUAACCUGCUGCAGAAAGGAGUUGAUUUCAAAAAUGUGGUUUGAGUGGAAUGAGUACUGUGGAGAUCAAGAGUUUGAAGUGAAGGCAGUUGAUGUGAAUGAGUGUGAUGAUGUGUUCUUGGAAAGUCCAUGGCUGAGGGAAGAUUUAAAGGUUUUGUACAGAAGGCCUGUCUUCUUUUGUUCUGAGAAGCUGUAA